AUGGCCGUUCUUCAAUCCCUGCCUUCUUUCUCCGACAACACGGAUUUCGAGAACGCUUCUCGCGGGCUUGUCGGUACUUUGAAACCAUGUGCCAUCAAAAACACGGCUGGUCGCGUGAUCUGGAAUAACGAUGACUAUGACUUCAUGCAGGGCAAGUGUCCUGCGACAGCGGACCCCAAGCUCUGGCGCCAGGGACAGUUAUGUUCAAUGCAAGGUCUGUUUAAAGUAACCGAAGGUAUAUACCAAGUGCGCGGCUUUGAUCUUUCCAACAUAACCUUUGUCGAGGGCUCGAGCGGCAUCGUCGUCAUCGACCCCCUCACUUCAGUGGAAUGCGCCGCCGCGGCUCUGCAGCUCUAUCGCUCCCACCGGGGUGAUCGACCAGUCAAGGCCUUGAUCUAUUCUCAUUCGCACGCCGAUCACUUUGGAGGUGCACGGGGGAUCCUCGCCGCGAGUGCAGACCCCUCUAUCCCAGUCAUAGCCCCGGAGGGGUUCAUGGAGGAAGCUACCAGCGAGAACAUCUACCUUGGUGACGCCAUGCGCCGACGAGCUGCAUAUAUGUACGGAAUACGACUGCCUAGAGCUGCCGACGGGCAAAUUGGGUGCGGGCUUGGGAUGGCAGUUUCCAAUGGAAUCACAUCGCUCAUCCCGCCAAAUGUCACCAUCUACGAGACGGGAGAGACACGCACCAUCGAUGGGGUACGGAUCGAGUUCCAAAUGGUUCCUGGGACGGAAGCGCCUGCCGAAAUGAACUUCUUCUUCCCGGAUCACAACGCUCUGCUCAUUGCCGAGUGUGCCACACAUUGCCUGCACAAUAUUGUCACCCUGCGUGGCGCACUGGUGCGUGAUGCCAAGGCUUGGGCUUCGUACCUUGAUGAGACGCUUGUUCUGUAUGGGGACAGGUCAGAUGUGCUAUUCGCUAGUCACCAUUGGCCGACAUGGGGGAAGGAGCAGCUGAAGACCUUCAUGGAGGAACAACGCGAUCUCUACGCCUAUCUUCAUGAUCAGACCAUUCGCAUGAUGAAUCUGGGGAUGACGGGGACCGAGAUUGCGGAGAAGAUUACUCUCCCUCCUUCUCUGGAAGCGGCAUGGCAUGGUCGUGGGUACUAUGGCUCAAUUAGCCACAAUGUCAAAGGCAUUUAUCAGCGCUACAUGGGCUGGUUCGAUGGUGACCCCGUUCACCUGUGGGAGUAUCCCACCGCUGAGCUCGGCCAGCGAUAUGUUGACUGCAUGGGCGGGGUUGAUGCCGUUGUUCAGAAAGCCGCCCACUACGCAGAAACCAAAGACCUGCGCUUUGCUGCGACUUUGCUGGGCCAUGCCGUUUCCGCAAAGCCCACACACCGAGCAGCAAGACUCGCACUAGCAUCGGUCUUUGAUAAGCUCGGUUUUGGGUGUGAGAAUGCAACAUGGCGCAAUUUCUAUCUGACUGGCGCGAUGGACAUGCGGUCUUCUCUGACUGAGAGUCCUAAAGCACAACCGAGCUUUGAGAUCAGUGGACAGCUAUCAACAGAGGAACUGCUAACGCUUUUGUCUGUUCGGUUGGAUGGGCUGCGAGCUGCGACGGAGAGUUUUGUGAUGGACCUGCACCUUACUGAUGAAAAGAAGCGGUUGCGCUUGAUCCUAAAGAAUGGUGUUCUGACUGUCCGCAACACUGUUGAGCAAACCGGUUUCGCUGGUGAUGCCGCUGGCCUCACCAUGACUCUCACCAAAGCCGAGUUUGUGGCCGUUCUCAAUGGACAGGCCGAUGCCUCUGGAAAGUCAGUCGGUGACGUGCGGAUUAUGGCUAAACUGGUCGAGUUGACGAACCCAGUGAAGAAAGUCGCAAGUUCUUUGUAA